AGACGGAGAGAGGCUCAAAGAAAACAAAGAUCGUGCGCGUGUGCACCAGUUACAGCGGAAUCGAACGCGCCGCGAUUGGCUGGCCGACGCACCAACCUCGAGGCUCCGAUAAAAAAGUCGAGAAAUUCGUCUGCGCACAUGUGCUAGUAUAAAAGUUGCUCGUAGGACGUCCAGGUCGUCGUGGUUGAUUCGCGCGAACGCUGUUCGUCUGCAACAACAACAUGUAUCCUCGAGCCUUGAGAAGUAUCUUCGUGAAAUUUACGAACCAGCAGACGACCAGCUCGGUCGUAAACAAUGGCUUUUCCGCCGUGACACUUCAGAAGUUGCAGGCUAGCGAGGCUCGCCGGCAUUUCGCCACCCAUUUCGACGAGGAGUUUGAGCACGAGGACGAGGAUGAGCUGCCCGAGGGUUUACAAAAAAAGCACUGGAUCGAUUCGAAAGCUCAAAAAGAAGUCGACAAGAUGCUUGCUACGAAGCCGGAGAUCGCCAAGUUGAAAAAGGUCAUCGAACUCGAAUGGGAAGUCAUGAAGCAGGAUGGCGAGUGCGUUCCCUCUGCACUCAGGCCCAGAGAUUGGGAAGAAGUAUUGAAACUCCCUAGUCGUAAUAAAAGAAGAAAGUUUUUCAACUACCUAUUCAUUAUAGAAAAGCAAAAAGAAAAAAGACAAAUGGAAAAGCUACAGAAUAUGGCUGAAUUAGAAUUAGUUAGAGAAGAAAGAGCAAAAAGGGAAGUGUCCAAUGAAAUAGUAUAUGGUUUUGGAGCCAACUUUUUGUUAAGACGUAUCAGUGAUGCAACGAUGAAUCAUAUGUAUAAUUGGAAUGUGCAUCGAGCUUCAAUGUUUGGCAACAAACUUGUCUAUGACUUUAGUUAUGAAAAACUAAUGACAAACUUUGAACUUAAAAGCUGUGCCAAACAAAUUAUGGAAUCGUUUGCUGUAAAUAGAAUUCAUAACUAUCCUUUCGAGAUGACUUUUUGCAAUGUAAAUAUGAAUGGUCCAUUGUUUGAAAGAGUGAUGAGGUUCAUGCCACAUAUUCUUGAUGAUGAUUUUCCUAUUAGAGUUGAGGAGAAGUCAUAUUUAGAUCUAUUUGACAAAUCUCAAGUGGUAUAUCUGUCAUCAGAUGCACCUACCAUGAUGGAAAAAUAUGAUCCUGAAUCAAUUUAUAUUGUUGGCGCCUAUGUUGAUAGGGGACCUAAAAAGCCUAUAUCUAUGGCAAAAGCCAAAAAAGAUAAAAUCAAAAUGGUUAAGUUCCCAAUAGAUAAGUACAUUCGUUUUGGUGAUGGUUCUGGCAAAGAUCUAACCCUUAAUCAGUGUACAUCAAUCAUGUUGGAUGCACAGUGUUAUGGAAUGGAAGAAGCUAUGAAACAUGUUCCACGAAGAAAAUUGUUGGAGAGUAGAGUAAAAGUUUUAGAAAGAAAAAUUCAAAAAGAUCUCUUUCUAAGUAAAACAGGUACAGAAGAGCUUGCCUAUGAUAAUGACGAUGUGGUAAGACCUCAGAUAAUGAGUGAAAAUGUGUAUGAUUUUAGUCACUCAGCUAGAUCAAAGCAUCGCAAACAAUGGAAUAAGUAGGUUAAGUAGGUUUUAAUAAAGUUUUGACAAUGUUAUUUAUUAAAAAUGGAA